CCGGGCGGGAGCGCUCAAGCUGCUGGUCCCCGAGGAGCUCUGCGCCCUUGGCUGCGUCUGGGUCCUGGGAAGGCGUCAGGUUUCUAGAAGCAGGGUGGAACAGAGGCCAGACACACCCCUCCCCCCCAGCCUGGCGUUGCUGGAUAAUGGCAGUUGGGCCAAGGGUGAGCAGGGCCCUCAACUCUGUGGCCCAGACCUCGAGGGAACCAAAGGUGUCCUCAGCCGUGGAAGAGGAGAAUCUGGACAGCACAACCAAAAAGGAAGACAGCCCCUCGGAGCAGACACAUUUGUCACAGGAAGCCACAUCAAAUCCUGGGGCCCCUGUGGGGCGUCCCCCUCUGCUUGAUUCUGGGGAGGUGGAUAGCUCCAGGAAGGAGACCAGCCAGCCCUGGGGGCCAACCCAGGAGUGGGUAAAGGAAGAAGGAGGCACCAGGGAAGAGAAAGUGCUUGACUGGCUGAAGCCGAUGGAAUCCGUGCAGAAGACGUCCCCGUGGGUGGGCGAGGUGGCAACUGCCCUGAAGGCAGCCAUGAAAACAGAGAGCUGGUGGGAAGCAUGGGUGCAGAAGCCAGUCACCUUUGAGGAUGUGGCAGUGAAUUUCUCGCAGGAAGAGUGGGAAUGUCUCGGUGCCAGUCAGAGGGUCCUUUACCAGGAUGUCAUGUCAGAGACCUUCAGGAACCUAGAGUCUGUGGCCAGAGCCUUUCUGCAUAAACCAGAUCUGGUCAGCAAGCUGGAGCAAGAAGAGGAGCAGUGGAGAGCGUGUCUCCAUCCCCCAGACAGAGAAGGUCUCCUUUCAGGAGACAAGGAGGAGGCUCGUCAUGAACAAGAGCAGAAUCUGAUGGAUGAGGGGACUAGUGACGACAAGAAGGUCACUCUCGCUUGCGGAGGGGCCUGCCAGUGCCCGUCCUCUGCUCUAGCCAGGUCUGUGGGCAGGACCCCCGUGUUCCAAGCAUCCCAGGCUGGGCCACCCUUUUUCUGCCACGCCUGUGGCAAGGGUUUCAGCAGGCGCUCCUCCCUCUACAGCCACCGGUUUGUCCACAGCCCCAAGCAGACUAACAGCUGCAGGAAGUGCGGGAAGUUGUUCCGGACCCCCAAGUCCCUUAGCUACCACCGACGCGUGCACCUAGGGGAGAGGCCCUUCUCUUGCUUGCUCUGUGACAAGACCUACUGUGAUGCUUCUGGGCUGAGUCGCCACCGCCGCGUCCAUCUGGGUUACCGGCCCCACUCGUGCUCUGUGUGCGGGAAGGCCUUCCGGGACCAGUCUGAGGUCAAACGCCACCAGAAGAUACACCAAACCCAAGAGCCGGUGGCCGGAACCCGGGACUGCACUGUGAGGAUUCCAGGCGCCACCGCUGGGUGCCAGACGCCCAUCAUUGGAAGCCCAGGGGCGGUCCAGGAGCUUGUGGGUGUGGGCCACGCACCGGUGGCCAGGACCCAGGAAUCCACACUUAGAACUGAGUGUCCUGUGGCCCAGACCCAACCCCCUGUGCUUGAGAACGAAGCCCCUGCGACCAGCACCCAGGCACCUAACACUAAGGCCCCCUGCCUAGGUAGCAGAUCCAACUUUCAUCCAGUGAAGCCCUCACGAUUCAUGGUCUCUUGCCCCCAUUGUCCCUCGACUUUUAGCACGAAAGACUAUCUUUCCAGCCACCAGAAGACCCAUCCCACAGAGCAGCUUAACUGCUGCUUCCAUUGCGCCAAGUCCUUCAGUUCAUUCUCCAGGCUGGCCAGGCACCAACAGACCCACUGGAAGCAGAAGAUCUACCGCUGCCCGAUCUGUGACCUGUGCUUUGGAGAGAAGGAGGGCCUCGUGGGUCACUGGAAGGGCUACAAAGGCCGGGAACUGUGCCUGGGCAGCAGUCGUAAAUGCUGGGUCACCCUGGGCCAGUGGCUUGGCUUCUUCCACGAUGCCGCCCCCAUGGCUGGAAAGGAUGAAAAGCGUGUAGGAAAUGAGUCUCCUCCCCGGAGCCACACGCCCCGGAGGCGGGGCAAGCGGGCAAAGCAGAAGAGGCAGCAGGGUCUUGAAACAUAAGUAAAUGGCCUUCCUGACUGAGA